AUGACGGCGGUACGCGACACCCUCUGCAAUCUUCGCCCACUGGAAAUCCCGCGUCCACAUGUACCUGGGUUCCAAUUCAUCACCACUAGAGGACGUCAAGGAUUCUACAAAAGCAUUAGGCGAGACGGUGCACAGUAUGGAAUACAAAUAAAAUCUAUGGGACCGAGACGACCGGCAUUAGCAGAUGCAUUUUGGAAUUUUAAGGAAGCAUCUGAGAAACUUGACGAUAAUGCUGGCACCACACCAUCUGUAGCUUCCACGACAACAACAUUAGCAGCGGCCUCAGCUCCAGCAACUCCAACAACACCAGCAGCAACGGCAGCAACAACAGCUACAUUAAAAUCAAAAUCUGAACAGAAAAAUGCCGCUGAUCGUUCCAAUAAUAAAUAUCAACGAAACUGCCAGCUAACAAAUGCAUCGUCAAAAGGAAUGGCAGUAGAACCGACGGUACCCGAACCAGACUAUGAAAAUGCUGCGGAAACCAAGAAAAAUACAACGGCAGCGGUAAAAACCGAGACUAAAAAAACUCCUAACAGUAAAGUGAAAAUUGGAGGCGCCUCAAAAACACAUUAA